AUGGCUUCGGCAAUGGCCUCCUGGACCUCUCUGCAGGUGGUGCUGCAGGCAGUGCCGCUGGAGGUGCCCCUGACGUGGGUGGUGCCGCUGGUCGUGCCCCUGCUGGUGCCCCUGGUCGUGUGGUGCCCCACAUGGGUGGUGCUGGUCGUGCUCCUGGAUGUGUUUUUGACAUGGGUGCCCCUGGUCGUGCCCGUGCUGGUGCUCCUGACAUGGGUGGUGCUGGUGGUGCUCCUGGAGGUGUAUUUGACAUGGGUGGUGCCCCUGGUCGUGCCCCCUGCUGGUGCUGCUGACAUGGGUGGUCCCCCCCUGGUGCUGGCCCUGUUUGCCAAGGUGCUCCAGGUCGUGCCCCUGACUCUGGUGUGGGUGCUCUGGGAGCAGCUGGGGCUGGUAUUCCUCUUGGAUCUCUCGGUCUGGAAGCAGCUGGACCCAUUGGUGGUGCUGCAGGUGGUGCCCCUUGACGAGGUGGCCUCAGGGGAGGUGGCACUCUUCCUGAAGGUGCCCCCCACUCUGGUGUGGGUGCUGUGGGUGCUUUGGGAGCAGCGGUCCAGGGCCAGGGGUGGGCCUGCUGCUCCCAUCAUGGCAUAUUGGCAAGGGGCUCGGGGCAUCGCUGCCAGCACUGCAGCAGUGUUCACUGCAGCGGAGGCCUCUGCUGCCGAGUCCCUGGCCAACAGCAGGCGGAUUUGCUCCCGCUCACGGUCGCCUGACGGGGCCUUCCCUGCUCUGUUGCGCUUCGGCCCCAUGGCUGCGCUGCACGUGGCCAGCAGACUGGAUUACAUAUGCCUGCGGCAAAUGCAUGCGGAUGGUGAAUCCAAGAACGUGCAGUACUUAUGGGAUGCCCCUUUCUUGGCGCAACAAGAAUAUGGCCAUGCUCCCAUGCUCUGCACUGUGGCCAAACAGUGGAUUCCGCUUCAUUCACACCGUCGGAUCCAACAGGUGACAAUGCAACAAAGACAGCAGAGUCGACAGGCGUACAUGACUGACUCACAGGAAUGGAGAGAUUUCACUCAGCAAACGGCAGAUCAACUUAAGCAUGUUUUUCAAGCCGCAGAAACAACUGCAGAUGAUUUCCUGGGGCAGAUGCACUCAAGGAUGAUGAACACUUUUCAUUUGCAUUUUCCUGCUGGCCAAAACAAGCGCAACCCUGAACAUUGGCGGGUGGCCCUCCCGACAUUGCUCAACAAGUGGGAGCAUCGACGACAGAUGCUGAGGCCAGGCCUGGGCACAGCUCGAAAUGUUUUCAGAGUUUGGUUUCAUGCCACCAAGUUUGCUGUUUUGAAACGUUUUCAUCGUAGGCAGUCCCAUCUCACUAGGAAAUUACAGUUUCAAGGCAUUGUCAAUGAAGCAGCUGCUGCGGCAGCCAAACAUGACACUCACAAACUUUUCCAACUAAUCAAUCGGUUUGCACCCAAACAGCCCAGAAAGCAGAUCCAACUCAGAAAUCAGCAUGGCUACAUGGCCAGCCCGAUUGAAGGAGCAGCACUCAUGAACAAAUUUGUGAUGGAUACAUGGUCUGGACCCAGCUCCAUGAACUUGCGUUUUGAUGAAGCCCCAGGUGUACCUUUCACGGUGAGACAGCUUGAGAGAGCCAUUGCCUUGAUUCCCACGACCAAGGCGGUCGCCAAGCCAUUUGCCCCUGGCGUGGUUUGGCGCCAGCAUUCGGAGCUUCACAUCAGUGAUGCCCUCAUUAAUUUGUUGGCCACGUGGCAUGAAGAUGCUUGCUACUUUGUGCAACAUGAACACACAGAUAGCCCCAUUGCUGUUGGAAAGGGAGUGAGACAGGGGUGCAAGGCGGCACCUGGAUUGUGGAAUGGCUUCAUUGUUCUCAUGUUGCAUGAUUUGAUGGCACACACACCUUUUUCCUGGAUCCAAAGAUGCGUCACAAUUUACGCUGACGAUCUGCAUAUUGGGGACUCCUUUGUCUCGUUGGAGGAUUUUUAUUUUUUUCAUCGAGCACUAGGUUUUCUCAUUUCAACCUUCGCAUCCAUGGAUUUGCACAUUAACACGAGCAAGUCAGCUGCAAUCAUUGAGCUGCGCGGCCGACAGAGUCUUGCCGUCAAAAGGCAAUUGGUACAACAUGACCACACUGGCGACAGCCUGAAAAUCGUGCUGCCCAAUGCCGAGACAGUGUACAUCCCCAUUUGCAAAUCUACCAAAUAUCUGGGGGUUGUGAUCAGUUAUGGAAACUUUGAAGAUGACAGCCUGAAACAUCGGUUGAGCUUGAUGCACACGGGCUUUCGACGUUUGCAGAAGUGGCUCACAGGCAAACAUUGCCUCACAAGUGCGCAACGCUACAAACUAUGGCUUACAUGCGUUUAUCCGAUUUUGAGCUAUGGCAUUUUUGCAUUGGGGUUGACACACAAUGGCAUUCAACUGGCCACGAAGCACAUGAUGGUCAUGAUUAGAAAAUUGUUGCAGGAUCACUCCUAUGUCACAAGACGCACCAAUCAACAGGUUCUGACAGAUCAUCAUUUAAGAUCUCCGGCGCGCUUGUUGCAUGCCACUGCGGAAAACCUCCUGAGGACCCUGACUGAACGCAGUAUGCAUGUGCUACACAUUGGACCGUCUUCCUGCACAGUGACUUUGGAACCAACAGGUGCAACCAUCAGCUCCAUUGCACCCGUGACUACUCCAAUGGCAGCAGCACGGGGGUUGCGCAUGAUCACGGCAGAUGAACUUCACAAUCUGAACCAACAGGCCUUUGGGCCACGCCUCUUGCAGAUUGUUCACGAUAGAGAUUGGGAGAAGGUGGAGCAGGAGGCUGAGGCGUGUGCCUACCUUUCAACCCAAUGCAUCAUUUGCUCUCAUCGUGUUGGCAGAUGCCAAGAACUUCAUCAACAUUUUCGUUUGCAACAUCCCGACUUGUGGGAGUACGCACCUCAGAAGGCGAUUCAGCUCACCAAUCUUUUUUCAUCAGAAAGCCCUUGUGGAUGCUGUGGGUCGUAUUUUCGGACUCACUCAUGCCCCAUCUGGUCUCAGAUAGCUGUCCUUUUGGUGAACGGCGCUGCUGUCGACACCCCAGACAUUGAGCCUGUACAUGACGUGCGCAGAAGGUGUGAGAUUUGCCUUGAGAGCUUCCCCACCACGACUGAUCUGGUGCAGCAUUUGCAGGUACAACAUGGUCUGCAGGGCUUGAGCUUCAACUCCAGUCGAGACUCUCUGGACGGCUCCUCAGCUUGCGCACAUUGUGGACAGUUAUUUUUGACGGUCAGUGGACUCAAGUCCCACAUAGUGCAGGGCCGAUGCAUAUAUUUCAAUCCCCAAGCCUCAGCAGAAACACUGAAGGUGGAUGAGAUGUGGCAACAGGCCUGCUUGGAGGGCAAAUUUCUUGAGAUCUUGCGCAGUCCCCAAGCAAGACUGCGCUUGACUGUGGUCUGUCAGGCCUGUGGCAAGGGCUGUCAACGUGCUGCAGAUUUGUCUUUGCAUCUGCAAUCGGCUCACUCCAGGCUAUGGCGCUUGUCACAACGACUCACGAUGAUCCUUGUUUCUGUCUUUUAUCGUUUGCAGUGCUUUUGCAAUCCCUCUACAGGGGUCAAACGUGGACAGCUUCCGUUCAGGCAACUGGCAAUGGCUUUUCAUCGUUUGGACACUGAGCCCUUUGCACCAACGGUGAUCACAGAUCAGAUGUUUCAGGAGAUCUUGGCUGCCACAUUGCCCAGACCCAUGCGUUACAGGCUUGAACAGGCUUUGGUUCACAGAAAUUUUGCAGACACCUGGAAGGACCCAAUGAUUUUGCAGCUGAUGCGCCAACAAUGCAUCCUCUGCGGUGAGCGGCUUCACACAGCUGACCUUGCGCUUCACAUCCGCGAGGAGAUGGCAGCCGCAGAACAAAUGAAGGAGGCGUUUGGAGCGCUGGCCAGCCUCUUCAGGGACCCGACACUGAAACUCCAGGAGAACCCACGACAGGCCAAAGCACGCAAGAGAGACGACCAAAACGGCAGAGACACAGAGAUGGCAGAUCUUCCUCCAGACGUGCCACAACAGCAGCCGGCACUGCAGAUGCUGACCACCAUGGCCAAUCUGCUGAUCCGUCACGAUCAGGAGCUGCAAAGCCUCCGAAAAAUGGAUCAAUACAUUCUUUUUUUGAAUCCCGAUCCAACAGGUGCGCUUCACCUCCUGAUGGAGGCGACGGUUCAGUGGAGGAAGAAGUCCAAGUCUCUGAUGAUGCCCCUGAGACAACAUCUGGUGCUUGCACUGCUGAACAAGAUGCGGGACAGACUGGCCCAGCUCAUGAAGUGCAACGAGACGGAUCAACUGUUCACCACGUCGCUGGCCAAGGGCUUGAUCUUAGCGGACAGAAGCUUUCCAUUUCAUCGUUGGGACCCACAAGCCCAACAAUUGGUGCUGGACAAGAAAUCCCCGGUGACGGGCACCAAAAUGGACCAGCACUUGGAGGAGCUCACCGAGAUGAUGCAAGACCCGGAGCUGGUGGUUCGUUUUCAUGCACUGAGGACACCGGACUCCCAGUUGGAUCGCGUGAUUCCAUGGAGAAUGCAAAUCAACCUCAGGAGGGACAGAGCUUACGAGCUGCUGCAUCAGAUCUCCUUCAAUGCGAUUUGGAUGGUGGUUGGCGCAACAAUGAAACCACAUUCAUUGAAUCAAUCUCCCAUGGCAACUCACCUGCAGACGAUGCUGGGACAGAAGGGCCGAGGCAAGGGCAAGCACAGGCCCCAGAAGAAACAGGCCACACCCAAGUCAGUACCCAUGAAGGACCUUUGGGGAUUGCACGGUGAGACCUUGAUUUCUUUUUUGCAAAGGCAUGCUGAUACACCAGCAAGCCUACAGGCAGAAGUGUGGUUUCAGGACAUUGUGCACAAUUGGGGAGAUGCACUGGGCCAGAAAGACUGCGCCGAAUGUGCUCAGAGAGCUUUGGCUUGGUUGCAAUCAUCAGCGUUUGACAUGCGUUGGGAAAGACGGCUUGCAGUUGCCACAGACAUCCAGAAGUUUGAUUCAAGCAACAUGCACACCCCCAUCAUUCUUUCCAUUGCACCACAAUAUCAUUCAGUUGGUUUUUGCAAUUUGGCUGCCUUGGUGACUGAUUGGACCCAGGAGCAAUCGAUGUGCACGGCGCUGCUGGAUGCCCCAGCCUGCCUUUGUCUACACAUUGAUCGCAUGCGUGAAGAUGAGGCAGGCGCGGUGACCAAGAGCUUAUGUCGCAUUGACAUUGAAACUGCUGUGACUGUACCAGUCUUCCGCACAGCUGGAUUGACCUGCGCCUCAGCAGAUUACAUCCCUGUGGCAGCAGUGGCACACUUUGGACAGGACAUGGCAGGCCAUUGCAAGGCCAUUUUGAAGAUGCAACCCACCCUGAUUGACUCCUCUCACCCUGCAGCCUGGCUGAUCACGGAAGAUGAUCAGCGCCCACAGGCGGUAUGGAAAUAUCCGACAUGGUUUGCUGGCAAUGUGAUCACGGUUUGGAUGCUACGCACAGACUGCCUGCGACUCCCAUACUAUCAUGCCACUUCAACCCAUGGCUCUGACGAUUCUCAGCACCUGCCGACUCCUGAGCUGAACAAGGCAGAUCAGGCUGGGGGGACGAUGCACGAGUUUCUUCACUUGCUGCAAGCUCAACCUGGAGCACAUCUGAGAGACAAGAGUGAGACUGAGGGCGACCCGUAGAUUUGGCUGACUCUUUUUGUUGCUGUUUCAUUUUCCAAUUGUAAGACCUAGACAUGGCACUUUUUCCAGCGGCAAUUCAUGGCCUUAAGAUUCCUAACCCAUUGGAACCAACGAGAAAGUCGUU